AUGCCUGUGUUCGCCGAUUGGAAGACCAACUCGCCCAACUUAAAAAGCUGGCAGUAUUUGAGCACCGGGAACUACGAAGUUCCGCGUUAUGUGAAGGAGGGAUUUUGGAUACCGGACGGCUUCAAACAAUUCUGUGUUCCCGAGGCUACAUCACUUUCAUACGCUGAUCUCAUUAACCUUUUCACUGGCGAAGAUUUGGCCAAGGACAUUCAUUAUUCAAUCAGGCAACAGUUCACCAUGAGUGGAAAAUAUUAUGAUCAAGGAUACUUUACUAUACUGUAUUAUCUGCUCAACUUGUGUCAGUGUUUGCGAAAAAGAGUGAGUGUGGUUCAUUUCGGUUUGACUAGUUUUAUUAGAGAUGUCGUUCCCGUUUUUCAUAUUUAUUCCCCUAAUGAACAUAAUCACAGCACAUUGUGA